GCAGAGCGGGCGGCGGCAGCGGCGGCAGCGGAGGCGGCGGCUCCAGCCCGCGCGGCGCGGGGCUCGGCGGCGGGAUCGGGCAGCGGUGCUAGCUCCGCGCUCCCUGCCUCGCUCCCUGCCGGGAGCGGUCGAAGGGCGAGGUGCGGAGCCCCGGCGACCCGAGGGCGCGAAUCCAGUCUUGUCACAUCCUCCCGCCCCCUUGGUUUUGGAAGUCUCAGGAAGAGUUUGGUCCGGAGGAGGAGGAGGACAUUGAUGUGCUCGGUGUGCAGCCAGUGGUGAAGAGAUGGCUGCUCCUGUCCCGUGGGCCUGCUGUGCCGUGCUUGCUGCCGCUGCCGCCGUGGUCUACGCCCAGAGACACAGUCCACAGGAGACACCCCAUGUGCAGUACGAACGCCUGGGCUCAGACGUGACUCUGCCGUGUGGGACAGCAAACUGGGAUGCAGCUGUGACGUGGCGGGUGAAUGGGACAGACCUGGCCCCUGACCUGCUCAACGGUUCUCAGCUUGUGCUCCGUGGCCUGGAACUGGGCCACAGCGGUCUCUACGCCUGUUUCCACCGUGACUCAUGGCACCUGCGCCACCAAGUCCUCCUACAUGUGGGCUUGCCCCCGAGGGAGCCCGUGCUCAGCUGCCGCUCCAACACUUACCCCAAGGGCUUCUACUGCAGCUGGCAUCUGCCUGCUCCCACCUACAUCCCCAACACCUUCAAUGUGACUGUACUGCAUGGCUCCAAAAUUAUGGUCUGUGAGAAGGACCCAGCCCUCAAGAACCGCUGCCACAUCCGCUACAUGCACCUGUUCUCCACCGUCAAGUACAAGGUCUCCAUAAGUGUCAGUAAUGCCCUGGGCCACAACGCCACCGCCAUCACCUUCGACGAGUUCACCAUUGUGAAGCCUGACCCUCCAGAAAACGUGGUAGCCCGGCCAGUGCCCAGCAACCCUCGCCGGCUCGAGGUGACAUGGCAGACCCCCUCAACUUGGCCUGACCCUGAGUCCUUUCCUCUCAAGUUCUUUCUGCGCUAUCGGCCCCUCAUCCUGGACCAGUGGCAGCAUGUGGAGCUGUCGGACGGCACAGCGCACACCAUCACAGACGCCUACGCGGGGAAGGAGUACAUCAUCCAGGUGGCGGCCAAGGACAAUGAGAUCGGGACCUGGAGUGACUGGAGCGUGGCUGCCCAUGCCACGCCCUGGACUGAGGAGCCACGACACCUCACCACCGAGGCCCAGGCCCCCGAGACCACGACCAGCACCACCAGCUCACUGGCCCCCCCGCCCACCACGAAGAUCUGUGACCCCGGGGAGCUGGGCAGCGGCGGAGGGCCCUCAGCACCCCUCUUCAUCAGUGUCCCUCUCACUCUGGCCCUGGCUGCCGCCGCCGCCACUGCCAGCAGUCUCCUGAUCUGAGCCCGGCAUCCCGUGAGGACAUGCCAGCGCACCUGCAGAGGAGCAAGAGGCCGGCACUGAGCCCGAAGACCCCGGUUUCUAUUUUGCACACGGGCAGGAGGACCUUCUGCAUUCUCUUCAGACACAAUUUGUAGAGACCCCGGCAGGCCCGGGCCUGCCGCCCCCAGCCCUGCCACACCGUGCUGCCCCUCCUCCCUUCCUCAGGGAAGGGGGCUGUGCAGCUAACCCACCCACCAAAGACCCCCCACCCCAAACCUGCCCCCUCGGGCUGGACCCUCCAAUGCCAGCGACUCCCAGGAGCCCUUGGGGGGCCUGAGGGGAGCCCCUCACAUCCAUCAUUUCUCCUCCUGCCCCAGCCUCCUGUCUGUCCCAGGGUCUCUGUUGCCACCAUCAGAUUAUAAGCUCCUGAUGCUGGGGGGGCCCAGCCAUCCCCCUCCCCCCAGUGUCCACACUUUUCAGUCCCCCACCUCUGCCCCUAUUUUGUACGACCCUCCCCUUUUCCUCCUCCUUCCUCACAGUAUUUAAUGCCCUGUCAGUCCCUUCUAGUCUGACUCAAUGGUAACUUGCUGUAUUUGAAUUUUUUAUAGAUGUAUAUACAGGGGUGGGGGGUGGGGGAGUUCUCAUUAAACGUCACCAUUUCAUGAGUCCUCGGAACAGACCCACUUUGGGAGGGUAGCCCUCCUCCCAGGAUUCCUCCCCAGAUUCCUCGCCUUCCAGGCCUGGAGGAGGGAAGGAACUGGGGUUGGAGAGAGUCACCUCUCUCCAGAGAGGUGGGGGAGGCAGUUCCGCUCUCGGGCAGCUGUGUCUGGGGAUGAGGCUUUCAGCGUCUUUGGAGGGUAGGACGCCCUGGAGGCCAGGGCCAGAGCUGUGGGGGAUGAGGGGUCCCAGCACGGCAGGCCCCACUCGGGGGCAUCCCUCAGCCCCAGAGGCUGCUGAAUCCGGGCAGCACUAAGGGUACCC